AUGGCGGAGAGUCCGUCCUCGAACAGAGAAGGUCCUGAGCCCCAUCCUGGAGAUCUGAUUGAGAUUCCCCGAGGUGUUUACAAGCACUGGGCCGUGUAUGUGGGAGAUGGUUACGUGGUGCAUGUGACUGACGUCGAUGGUGGGCGUUCAGGAGUGAAUUUAUUCGGGUCUUUGUUGGGCUUGAGUUCCCGAGCUGUGGUGAAGAAGGACCUGCUGUCUGAGGUGACUGCGGGAUGCCGGUACAAGGUUAAUAACAAACACGAUGAAACGAUCGAGGCAUGGCCUGCUGAGGAGAUCGUCCAAAGAGCCUUGGCAAGAGUGGGGCAGCAGUGGAACUACAACCUCCUCUAUGAGAACUGCAAGCACUUCGCCACAGAUAUGCGCUACAAAAUUGCCCGCUCUGGCCAGAACAGAGAAGGUCCUGAGCCCCAUCCUGGAGAUCUGAUUGAGAUUUUCUGCGGUGUUUACGAGCACUGGGCCGUGUAUGUGGGAGAUGGUUACGUGGUCCAUGUGACUGACGUCGAGAAGGGGCCUUCGGGAAUGAAUUUGAUCGCCUCUGUGUUGGGCCUGAGCACCGGAGCUGUGGUGAGGAAGGAGCUGCUGUCCAAGGCGGCCGCGGGGAAGAAGUACCGGGUCAACAGCAAAUACGACCAGACGCACCCGCCGCUGCCUCGCAUCGUUGAACGGGCAGAGGCGCUGGUGGGCCGGGAGAUAUCCUACAACCUCCCUGAAAGGAACUGUGAGAACUUUGCCACUCUGGUGCGAUACAGAGUUUCCCUCAGCGAGCAGGUGGACAAAAAGGCAAAGGUCAUCAGCGAGAACGUAGCUUUACUCGGAGUCGUGGCCCUGGCCGUGAUCAUCCCACUCGCGUUCAUUGUGUUCAGAAACUAGCUGCCAAGUGGUGGGGACGUGUGGGCAGGACGCCCAUGAGGGAGGACCGACCCCAGGGCCCUGAUGCCGGCUCCCGGCUCCCGCCUUCUGCUUCCGACAGGAGCAAUAAACGGCCGCGUCCAGGAUCCCGACAGUGGCCUUGGGAUUAGUCCUGGUCAAUGUGGUUCUUCUUACCCGCACACAGGGGC